UUUUUUUUUUUUUUUUUACAAUGGAUGCUUUUUAAGUUCAUUUUGUGCGCCAUGGCAGUGUAUGCCCUGACCGGGUUCUCCCUUGUCAGUUUGAUAAGUUUUGGUUAUGUGUCCUGGGACUGGGUGAAGCCUAGCCUGAUGGAUAAUGAACCUGCUGCAGACUACACGGACAAAGCGUCGGACUUCACUCCAAAGCCGCCACCGCAUAUUAUCUUCAUUUUGACCGAUGACCAGGGCUUUCACGAUAUCGGAUACCACGGGUCAGAAAUUCAGACCCCGACGUUGGAUAAGCUUGCAGCAGAGGGAGUAAAACUGGAGAAUUACUACAUCCAGCCCAUAUGUACCCCAUCCAGAAGUCAACUCAUCACAGGCAGGUAUCAAAUCCACACUGGGCUACAGCACUCCAUCAUCCGGCCUCGACAGCCUAACUGCUUGCCCCUCAACCAGGUCACUCUACCCCAGAAGCUGCAAGAAGCUGGCUAUUCCACCCACAUGGUGGGCAAGUGGCACCUGGGCUUCUACAAGAAGGAGUGUUUGCCCACACGGCGAGGGUUUGACUCCUUCUUCGGCUCGCUGACGGGGAGUGUCGACUACUACACCUAUGACUCUUGUGAUGGGCCUGGUCAGUGUGGCUAUGACCUGCAUGAGGGUGAGGGUGUGGCUUGGGGGCAAAGCGGCAAGUACUCCACUCAGUUCUACACCCAGCGAGUCAACAAGAUCCUGGCCACCCACGACCCUAGCCAGCCCAUCUUCGUCUACCUGUCCUUCCAGGCUGUGCACACUCCGCUGCAGUCACCCAAGGAAUACAUCUACAAGUACAGGGGAAUGGGAAAUGUGGCCAGACGCAAGUACGCCGCCAUGGUCUCUUGCAUGGAUGAAGCGGUGAAGAAUGUAACUUAUGCACUACGAAAGUAUGGCUACUACAAAAACAGUGUCAUUGUCUUCUCUACUGAUAACGGUGGACAGCCUUUUUCGGGAGGCAGCAAUUGGCCUCUUAGGGGGCGCAAAGGUACCUACUGGGAAGGUGGGAUAAGAGGCCUUGGGUUUGUGCAUAGCCCACUCAUCAAACGCAAGAGGCGGGUUAGCAGGGCCUUGGUCCAUAUCACAGAUUGGUACCCAACCCUGGUGGGGCUUGCAGGGGGUAAUAUGUCAGAAUCUGAGGGCUUGGAUGGGUACAAUGUGUGGCCGACCAUCAGCGAGGGUAAAGAGUCGCCACGCAAGGAGAUCCUCCAUAACAUUGAUCCCCUGUACAACCAUGCCAAAUAUGGCUCCUGGGAGGAAGGCCAUUGGAUCUGGAACACUGCUGUCCAGGCUUCAAUCAGGGUUGGGGAUUGGAAGCUGCUGACUGGGGACCCUGGAUACAGUGACUGGAUUCCACCCCAGACCCAAGCCAACUUCCCAGGGAGCUGGUGGAACCUGGAGAGGCGCACAGACAUCCAGAAGUCGGUCUGGCUUUUCAACAUCACCGGAGACCCCUACGAACGCUAUGACCUCUCGGAACAGAAAAGGGAAGUGGUGAAGGAGCUGCUGGCUCGGCUAGCCCACUACAACCACACUGCCAUCCCAGUCCGCUAUCCUGCAGAGGACCCUCGUGCCUCCCCGGAACUGAACGGGGGAGCCUGGGGGCCAUGGGCUGGGGAGGAGGAAGAGGACAACUGGGACGAGGCUUUACCAAAAAAGAGCAAAACCAAAAAGAAGAAAUGCAAGUUGUGCAAACUGAGGUCCUUCUUCAGAAAACUGAACACUAGAAUAAUGUCAAACAGAAUAUAGAGACUAUGCAGAUGUGGGCACUUUAUCACAACAGCCCAUUAAUUUAUUUUGAUUCCAUUAGCACUGCAGUGUAACACCACUCACUUAAUAGAACGUUCAAUACAAACAAGUUCAAUACAAAACAUUCUUCUGUAGCUUGUUUUAUAAGGCACUUUACAAAUUGGACAAAGCAAAAACCUUGUCAAAAUUGUGAAUUCUUAAACUUAAAAGAUGUGAACAGUGCUUGCGUAAUAACGGUAGCCAGUCAGUGAAUUUACCAUUUUAUUCUGGGUGCACUUAUAUUCGGUACUAAUUAGUACCUCUCAAAAGCUCUUGAAUGUGUCACUAACUCUUCAGUAGGGUAUUUCUGAUCACUUUAGAAAUCACAGAUGAUGUGUUUUGGUAUCAUGUAGUAAGCCUAUAUCACCUGUUUACUAAACACUUUAUUGUUACAUUUACUGCUGUAUAAAGCUUCAAGCUAAAAUACCAUUUCAAUCACCUAAGUGCCAGGUUCUACAUGUUUUUUAGGGUAAUUCAAAACCUUGACACAAAUUCCUUUAAGAUUAUUAAGUAGCAUGAAGAAUAUAAGUAGUUAUCAAUGUAUCAAGUUUAGAAUGCCUUUCUGGAAGUUUAUUUUUUACUGUUUUUUCUGCUGUAGUACCAAAUACAUUAAAUUUGCACAAAAAUGGUUCUUGGUAAACUAUGUAGAAUAAAAUCAGCCUGGAAAUUUGCAGGCUUUCAGAAAUUCAAUCACAAGUUGGAUUAGACACUACUUUUUGUACAGCAUUUGGAAAUGCAGUAUAAAACAAAUGCAAGGAAUAAGAACUAGAACUUCCUUUUUUUUUAAAUCAUGGUGAAUGUGUGGUUUUGUGGUGUCUAAAGGGCCAAUGGCACUUGCUACAGUACCGUUGCAGUACAUCUCAUGCGUGCAUGCUUCCCUCCUGUGAAUGCGCCUAAGUCAUGACCGGAUCCCCCUCUGGUAGUUAGUCUUGUGCAUUUCAAACACUGGUCCCCCUCUGCCAGAGUCUUGGUAUUGCAAACAGGAAAUGUUAAAGGAGCUACCCUGCCUCUUAGAAUCAGAUAAGGUCCUGGCCGUUCCAAACACACCCUAUUAAAGUGCUGCAGAAUAUCAUGUACUGUAGAAAAUACAGUUUUCUUGUGCUAACUUUUCAAUUACUAAUUAUUUAAGAUUAUUUUCAGAUCAUUAAAGUUCCAGAUUACACAGAAAACACUGACUACAUCCCUGAUUGCUUGCAGUCAGUGUUUAUAGAGGUGGUUAGGGGGGGCAGAUUAGGGUACCAUUUUUGAUCAGGCUGUUCUGUUAUUUAUGUGGUUUAUUUUUGGGUAGUCGUUUUGCAAGCUUGCUGCUGAUGCAAAGCUAUACCUGCAAUUCUACCCCUAAAAUCAAAAUUUUUAUAUAGCCUUUGCAGCGAUCUGCCAGUUAAGUUCUUUAUAAUAUAUAAUGAACAGUGUCCCAAUGUAAUCUAGUAUUGUAUCAUCUGGCACAACACCUGUAAAUCACACAUCUUGAGAACCGCUUAUCCAGUUGUGAUGAAACUUACAUAUUCUGUUGUACAUGUUCUUGAGAAGGUCCAAAAUUUAGGUCAUGGUAACAAACUUCAGGCCAUGCAUGGAAAUUUCCGUCGGACAUUGUGAAUGUAGGCAUUUUUACCUUUACCUUUGUAUACUGGAGUGAAAUCUCUUAAGGAUAGCACAGACCUAUUAAGCCAGGCUAGUUUGUGUGCUCUGACAUACAAUCUAUGUAUUUAAGUUCUUUGAAAUCAUGCCAUGGAUAUUUCCUUGGAGGUCUCCCAUCAAAGUACAGACCUGAACCUUGUCUGGCUGAGAGCUGAUGAGGUGAGACUCUAAGGUGGUCUGACUGUUGGUAUGGACUGUGUACAGGGUGAGACUGUCUGCAGCACACUUUGAUCUGUAGCUUCUUUGCAGAUUCCAAGGCAUGUAGAAGUGCUACCACCAUUUUCUCUUAUCCUUGUGUCCAUUUGUUUUUCCAACCAGAUAGGGUUUUCCUAGCCUGUUGACAGAUUUCCCAUGAAUAUUUAAUUUAAACUACUGGACAGACUUCCCAUUUGGUUAACGUAACAUCAUUUGGUUUAUGAAAUGGUACUCCAUGAAGCCCAAAGAAAAUUGCAGUCAGCCGGUUUCCACUUGUUCAUGAAUUCAGUAUAGGUCCUGGAUAUACUCCAGUGACUGUUUUGCACGCAGAGGAAUAUAAACAGGGAUUGAGAGAGUUUCUGUUUUCUUUGACUUUUGUAAAGAACCUUCAAAGUGGUACCCGGAGGGGGUGUGGCUAAAGAGAUGCAGAUACAGCAAAUCAGAUCCAGAAAAGGGUCUCUUUAGAAACAGAUUUGCAGCUUCCACUGGGUGGCUUGACUUUUUAGAAACAAAAUCCAUUUAAAUGAACAGAUCUGCUCUUUGUCUGCAGUCAAAAUCAUUAUAAAGUAUGAGGUUUAUAACAGUAAUAGAUCUUGAAGCCAACGCCAUAACAUUUGUAUUUGGUUGACUUAUUUCACUGUAUUUUGUAUGUAGCAAUGUUAAUAAGUGUCUAAAUUCCCACUUGUUAUCUUUGCAAUAUACUCAUUUCCCCUGGGGGAAAAUUCAAGCUGGAUUAAUACAGAGUGGCAGUAUUUAGACCAGACACUGUUUAGAAAUAGACCCUGGCUCGUUCCAUUACUGUAUGUUCUGUAUAAGCAACUUUGUUAGACAUAACAUGGUAAUUCAGGUAUGUAAGCCUUAGUCCCAUAUUCAGGAACCAAUUUGAAUGAGGUCUUAUUCACUUCUGUUAGCAACAGAAACAGACCAAAACGAUUUGAAUUGGUGUAGCCCCAGUAAAAAAUUUCAGCAAUGUUCAACAAGCACGUAUGAAAGGGAUCUACAUCUAAAAAAGCUGUCGACCAUUACCAGAAAUAAGCAAGCAAAACAUAUCAGACAUAUCUGGUUUCACAUCAAUUUGUUGAUUACCGUUCCAUACAACAUCAGAAAAACAGUAUGCAGUAAACAGCCCAAUAAUGCUACUGCAACCCCCAGACUGAGAAGAGAUUCCUGUUAGUCCUGCAUUCUUGGGUGAGAAGAGGAUAUAUUUGCAUUGCCUUCAAUUUUAUCCCAUCUGAAAAAUGAGAAAGCCAAUUGGGCUCAAUUAAACUCACUGUCUACAAGCCAGAAUAGCUUAAAAGUGCUCUUGUGAACUAGUUAGCUACUAUCUUGGGCUUUCUGCGUUAAUUUCAGUAUUUGACUUGCUCUUGAAGACAUUUCUAGGUUGUGUUAUUGAGAUCAGUUACUGCUUGUUUUUUUUUAUGUAUUCUGAUAUUUCUUUGGGACUUUAAUAAUUACCACAGCAAGGGACUUAGAAAUUGAAAGCUGGUCAUGUAUUGACUGUAGGAAGGGCUGUGGGUGUUCUGUUAACAUUAGCAACAGCUCAGUGUGAUCCUAGGAGGCCAUUUGAAUCUGUUUUCUUCUAGUUUUUUUGUAUAAUAUACUGUGCAUAUAUUUUAUAGCUUAGUUGUGGAGUUGUUCCACAAAUCUAAUGUGAAUGACUACAUUUAAAUAUUUCAUGUGUUGCAGUAGUGGCCAACUUUCGCCACUUAAACAAGGCAUUGACCAGCCUGACCAGGUAUGCAGAAUACUUAUGUAGGAAAUACAACACAUAUAAAGUGAACAUUCAACAUGUAAUCAGUUAUAUUGGGAGUAUGCGUAUGCACCAUUGGCUACGUGAUAUAUGCCAGUAGUAUUCAUAAUGCUAAAUUCUCCCAAAAGUAUGUUCGAAAGACUGAACUUCAUGUUUACAUGGAAUGGCUGCCCAUUCAUAUUAAUUACUGGUGCUUAGUAUGCAUACUGCCAAAGUUAAAUGUAAACUUGAAAUUCUAGAGGAAUACAAUUUAAAAACAAUAUUCAGAAUACAUAUUUAUAUAUGCAGAUUACUGCAGUAUGUGUAAUACUUAAGUGUGUGAUGGAAGGUAUUUUUUAAGAAGGGAAUGCCCUAUGCAAAGAAGCGUUCUGUUUGUGAGACUGCAGUGUCUCUUGGUUUAUUGGUGCUCUGCUUAAGUCAAACCCUUAUCUGAAAUCCAUUUAAGCUUCAGAAAGAUAAAAUGAGCAUGUAACUUUAUUCGACAGUGAAUAGGAGCUGAAUACUGGGAUUGUAUUUUUUUUAUAGGAGCAUAUGUUUUAUUCAUGUAAUUCUUAAUUAUCUGAACUAUAACCACGUAUGUACUGUACAUUGUGUAUGUAAAAUGUGAAAAGUUUAGAAAGAAACUACUGUGAACAUUUACAGAUGUUGUGUUUUAUUUUUUUUUUUUUAAAUAAAAAAAUGUUGAAACGUGUAAUAAACACAUAGUCACAUAGAACUCUAAGAAGAGGACUUUACCAUCUAAGGCUCACCUUGUGCAUUUAAAUGCUCCAAAUAAAUCCCUACAUGCUGUGU